CCGCGAUGAGGCUGCUGCGGCGCGCGUGGCGGCAGCGGACGACGCUGCUGCUGCUGGGCGGCCUGGGCCUGUGCGGCGCCGCGCUGCUCGUCCUGGCGCGCUGCUCGGCCGACGCGCCCGCCCGCGCGCCCCGCAGCCCCGGGGCCCCCGCGCCCGCCGCCGCCGCCGCCGCCGCCGCCUUCCUGGCCGUGCUGGUGGCGAGCGCGCCGCGGGCGACCGAGCGGCGCAGCGCGAUCCGCCGGACCUGGCUGGCGGCGGCGGCGCGCGGGCCGCCCGGGGACGUGUGGGCGCGCUUCGCCGUGGGCACGCGCGGCCUGGGCGCCGAGGAGCGGCGCGCGCUGGAGCGGGAGCAGGCGCGCCACGGGGACCUGCUGCUGCUGCCCGCGCUGCGCGACGCCUACGACGCCCUGGCCGCCAAGGUGCUGGCCAUGCUGAGCUGGCUGGACGAGCACGUGGCCUUCGACUUCGUGCUCAAGGCGGACGACGACACCUUCGCGCGGCUGGACUUGCUCGUGGCCGAGCUGCGCGCCCGCGACCCCGCGCGCCGCCGCCGCCUCUACUGGGGCUUCUUCUCGGGCCGCGGGCGCGUCAAGGCCGGGGGCCGCUGGCGCGAGGCCACCUGGCAGCUCUGCGACUUCUACCUGCCCUACGCGCUGGGCGGCGGCUACGUGCUCUCGGCCGACCUGGUGCGCUACUUGCGCCUCAGCCGCGCCUACCUGCGCACCUGGCACAGCGAGGACGUGUCGCUGGGCGCCUGGCUGGCGCCCGUGGAUGUGCAGCGCGAGCACGACCCGCGCUUCGACACCGAGUACAAGUCCCGCGGCUGCAGCAACCAGUACCUGGUGACUCACAAGCAGAGCCCCGAGGACAUGCUGGAGAAGCACCGGACGCUGGAGCAACACGGCCGCCUGUGUGACAGGGAGGUGCAGUUGCGUCUGUCCUACAUCUACGACUGGUCGGUGCCGCCCUCGCAGUGCUGCCAGCGGAAGGAAGGCAUCCCCUGAGCCCGCA